GGUUCAGGAAUGAAGGAAGAAUCCAAGACAGAAGCACCAUUUCUCGAGCAAUUGCUCGAUGAAGUGACCCCUUCUGCCAAUAGCUCGGAUGGACUCGACAUUUCUGAGAACAUAAAUAUGGAGGAUGUACUCAAUGUGCUCAAUCAAGCUAGCGUUGGUGGCCUGCCAGGAAUCAGCAAGGAAAGACUGAAGAGACAACGACGAGGAAAUCGAAUGAAGGUGUACGAUAAUGGAUACAUCUUUACAUACGACAAAGAUUCAUCCUGUGGUCAACGAAGUUUCUGGCGCUGUGAACGCAAAAAUGAAUGCCCAGCAAGAGUGCACACUAAUCCGCUGACGAAUCAGAUUAUCAAACGUUUGCAUCAGCACUCGCACGAGCCACCAAACCCCGAUGAACUUCCUCCAUGGUUAAUGUUAAAAAGCGAAGAUGGUACUACACCACCGCCUGCUGACUAUGCGCAAACAUCCUCACCACCUGGCACAUGCGUGUUAUUCCCAUGCUCAGUCCUUCCUGGUGCAUCGUCGACAUUGCAAAAUCUUGGUCAGUUAAUCGAGCAGGCUGAAGAGAAAUUGGCUGCUGCAACCGAAACAGAAGAGGGCGAAAUGAAUGAGCCACCUAGAAAAAGGACGAGAAAAUCGAAGAAUAGGGAAACGGGCAAGCCACCUGCUGAUGUUGUCUCAGUGAAGGAGCUGUUUCUUCAACAUCCAACAGAGUUCUGGGAAUUGUUCGAAGCAACGAGAAAGAUGGUUGAAUUUUUGAAAGGAGAUGAAGGGCCAUCAACAGCUUCUUGCGUUACAUCCACUGAAACUGAUUGCGAUGCAAGUGUGUCGAAGUUUUUAGAUGAUAUCAAGCAGAGCAAGUACAAAGCGGUUUUUGCAAAGUUCACUUUGGAUGUAAUGCGAUCUCUAAGUUCUGAAGAGCUAGUACGCCUUUGCAAAAAUGAGACAGAUGCUUUGUGUAUCUUUCACUUUUUGAAAAUGAGAUCUGCAAGCUCGUCAGAUGUUACCGAAGCUGUCAAGAUAUUUGUUAGAGAGAUGUCUUCAGCGACGGAUGAAGAGCCUAUAUAUCAGAUGUUAUUGCUAAGGAAUAGAACGAAAGAGGAGUUACUCUCCGCUGUGGAGAAAAAAGGAAUGGUUGACACUAACGCAAUCGAGAGAUUUUGUGUACCUGGUCCUGGAGGAAUAAAUGUCGAAUUGUCAGAUGAGGUUGUUGCUUCGUGGAAAGACGAAUCCGUGUUUCAAAUCAGUAUCACAAAAGGAGUAUGUAGGCUAGAGCCAGCGGUACAAAAGCGUUCAACGAAAAUUGCAAAGGGAUCGUAACUGUAACUGGA